AUUGCAGGCUGAUCACCGUCUCGGCUCUGAAAGGGUGUCUUCACCACAGCUCGGCCAGCCCCGCCUCAGAAUCCGCCAGACCUCGGGCGGGGAGCCAUGUCACGCCCAGCCACCCCGGCCAUGCCCCCGGCGCUGCUGAAGACCAACGAGGACCCCGCCUCCGAUGCCGCUUCCGAGCUGGCAGCCGGCGUGGCCGCCGUGACCGCGACUGUGGCCGCGGCCGCCCCCGUCUCGGUCCCCGACGCCAGCAACGCAGCCAAUGCGGCUGACGCGGCCGACGCGGCCAACGCCAUAGAACGUCGACUGCGGCUUAAGGUCGAUUUGCGGCUGUGCACCAUCGCCGGCAUCCUCUGCAGCCUCAACCUGCUCGACAGUGGCGUGCUGUCGAGCGCGGCGGUCACGUCGAUGCUGCAUGACCUGGGCCUCGACCAGGGCAACCGCUUCUCGGUGGCCAUCUUCAUCUUCACCGUCUCGAGCAUCGCGUUCCAGCUGCCGGCCACCAUCGCCGUCCGCAUUUUCGGGCCGCGCGUCUGGUUCGCCGGCAUCACCUUCGCCUUCGGCGUCAUCACGCUCGGCACCGGCUUCGUGCGCACCUGGCAGCAGAUGAUCGCUCUGCGAGUCUUGCUUGGCGCCGCCAUGUCCGGCAUCUUCCCGGGCCUGGCUUAUCUCAUCAGCACGUGGUACCCACGCCGCGAGCAGCAGCUCCGCUUCGCCUUCAUGCAGAGCGGCGAGGUCAUCGUGCUCGCCACCGGCAGCCUGGUCAACUACGGGCUGAACCGGCUCGACGGCCGCGGCGGCUUGGAGGGCUGGCGCUGGAUGUUCGUCGUGCAGGGGCUUGUGACCUGCCUCAUCGGCGCCGUGACUUUCUGGUGGAUGGUCGAUUUCCCCGAGAACGCGCACAAGAGCUUCCGCUUCCUGUCGGCCGAGGAGGCGAGCAUCGUGUCAAAGCGGAUCCAGACGGACCGGGGCGACCUCGUGGCCCAGGACUUCGCCCUCGGCAAGGUCCUCGUGCACGCCAAGGACCCCAAGGUUUGGGCGUUCGCAUCGCUGUUCUUCAUGCAGAACAUCGUCUCGACCGCGCUGGCCUACUUCGUGCCGAUCAUUUUGCAGAGCGGGCUUGGCUACUCGUCCGACGCUUCUAUUAUCCUGUCGGCGCCGCCGUAUUACUAUGCCGUCGUGCCGGUCCUGCUCUCGUCGUGGUACGCUGACCGGUUCGGCAUCCGUGCUCCCAUCAUCGUGUUUAACGCGCUCUGCCUCAUCGUUGGGUUCGCCGUGCUGGGGUUCGCCAGCAACUCGGGGGCGCGCUACUUCGGCGUCUUCCUCGCCACGGGCGCCUACGUGGGGAACUGGGCGGCCUUGACGGCCUAUCAGGCUAACAAUAUCGUGGGGCAAUGGAAGCGCGUGUUUACUGCUGCGGUGUGCACGAUGUUCAACGGGGCGGGCGGGAUCGCCGGAAGCUACAUCGUGCGGAGUAUUGAGGCGCCGCGAUACACUACGGCGGUUUGGAUUUCCAUCGGGUGCGUCUUGCCGGCCACAGAGAGUUGUCAGCCUGCUAACCGGUCGUUAUCCAGCUCGCACAUCCUGAUAAUCUCUGUUGUCGCUGCUCUUUCGGUGUAUUUCUACUUCGCCAACAGGUCGCUGAGCCGGAGGCAUCGCGUCUUGGAGAAUACGGAGGGCUUCCGAUUUACGUAUUGAUUAGACUCCGGUUAG